AGAUUUUUGGAUAAACUAGACUCAAUACAAUGAUUAAAAGGAGGGUGACCAGUAGAAACUAUGAAGAUAGCAGGACUGAAUGUGAAAUGAGGCAGAUGGAAAGGAAGCACGUGAUGCUGUCCUACCAGUGGGAUUCUCAGGAAAUAGUACUGAGGGUCUACAACAGCUUAACAUCACUAGGGUACCGGGUCUGGAUGGAUAUUAUGGGAGGUAUAAGCGGAGGUAACAUAUUCGCCAGCAUGGCACAGAGCAUCGAGAAGAGCAGUGCUCUAGUGUGCUUCAUGACUGAGGGCUACGAGAGGUCGUCUAAUGGGGAGAAGGAGUUGACGUACGCGGACAAUACGAGUGUCAGGAUUAUACCGUGUUUGUUGCAGGAGAGAGUGGGGGGAGGAGAACCUUAUAAACCGACUGGCUGGCUUGGAUUUCUUAGAUCUAACUUACUGUACGUUGAUUUCACGAAGGCUGAAUCAGACGAAGAGGUUUAUGAUAAAGCAAUCGAGGACCUCGUCAAACAGAUGAACUUUUACAUGAUAAUUCCUAAUAUAACUGGAACAGAAGCACAAGAAAGGAUCUUAAACUCGAGUUCAUCACCUACAGCUGACUUCCAAACAGCUGACUUCCCUACAGCCAUCAUAUCAAACCCACUAUUAUCCCACUUUACCCAAGAAAGGGAUCCAACCUGCACAGGACCCAUGACAGCGCUGAGACUCAGUAUAGAAUCCAUACCACAGCACAUUGUGAGGCAAGUUCGCAGACAAUUCAGUCGCUCUAGAUCAGGGUCAGACAGCGUGUCGUCAAAUUCUGCGGGUGGUGGAGGGGAGAUAAGGGACCAGUCUGACAGUGGCUCUAGUCUGAGUACUGUGUCUGAACCUAGUUUAGAUGAACAAUAUUCUCACCUUGGUAGUGCUCCUCCGUGAGACGUCAUACGAGAAUAUUAAUCAUGUAUUUGUUUAUUGAUGAAAGAUAAAGGAUAUAAUUUUUAAGGGGAAGGAUCAGUGGGAGAGAAAAAGGAAAGGGAGAGGAAAUAAGGGAGAGGGCAGUUACUUCUGCCUCUACUAUUAGUUUAUACUCAUUAUGCCUUGAUAUUUUUGAGAUUUGAUUCGUGAGUCUGAACAGAAAUCUGAAGCACCUAGCGUUGACGUAAGUUCAUGCUUCGAAUGAUAUUAUGUAAAUAUUAAAUGAGAUUUUAGAUAUAUAAUGAGAUAUUUUACCGUCAAAAUGAUGAAACCUAUA